AUGGCAAGAGAAACAAAGGAGAAAUGUCAGAAUCCAUUCUCAUUUUGGAAAUUUUGUUGCACACAUCUUCUUCAGUGGAUUUCAUUCUUGUUUAGUAAAGCUGGUGGAUGGAUAGCUAAACAUCCUUGGUGUGUUAUUAUUCUCACUCAUUUCCUAGUCUUGUUCUUCGCCACUGGCUUUAUCUUUAUUAAUUUUGAGAAGAAUACAGCUAAACUAUACAAUCCUCAAAAUAGUCAGGCGGAGAAAGACUUAACAAGAGGGAACAAGUAUUUCCCUCUUAAAUUUCGAAGAGAAAUGGUUCUACUCAGACCAAAGAGCCAACACCCUCAAGGCGUUUUGACUAAAGAUUGUUUUUUGGAUGCUCUACGCUUGCAUAGAGCUAUCACGAGCCUGAAAGAUUACAAAGAAUAUUGUAUGAAAGAUCCUUUCACUGGCAAUCAGUGUGUAACAAUUACACCCUUGGAAAUAUUCCAUUUUAAUCCAGCGUACUUAAAUAAUAUCGCCACUAAGCUAACAUCUGCCUACAGAAAUAAAUCUUAUCUUAUGUCAAAUAAUCGACCAGCAUAUUAUAACUUUCCUGCAAUAUUUGGCACAAGUCUUAUGAUAGAUCAACGUAGUGGAAAGAUUAAAAAGGCUGAUGCCCUGCAAAUGAUUUACGUCAUGAAAGAUCCAUCUAACGAUGCAGAAUACGAGAAAAUAUUGACAUUUGAAAAAGCUUUUCUAAACUCAGUCGUUAAACUAAGCAAGGAGUUUAAGUUUGUGGACGUGUUUUACAGCAGUGCUCGAAGUAUUGACGAUGCUGUUAAUGAGAGCUCGUUUUCUGAUUUAAGUUUGUUCUUCGUCACAUUUUUAAGCAUGAUCAUUUUUGCAUGUCUGGCUUCAGCAAAUUUUGUCAAACCUACGCAAGGACAUGCGUUAUUGGCUACUUCAUGUGUGAUUGCUGUUAGUUAUGGGAUAGUAUGUGGUUUAGGAUUUGGAAUGUGGUUAGGCGUACCAUUCAUAAGCAUCGUGGGAUUCCUGCCAUUCCUCAUCCUCGGUAUUGGACUUGAUGACAUGUUUAUUAUCGUAAACGAGUUUGAUAGGUUACCACGCGGCAUGUCUGUUGUGCGUUGUGUUAGCAUCGUUAUGACUAAUACUGGUUCGUCUAUUACCAUGACAACAGUUACCACAUUAGCUGCAUACGUGAUAAGUACAUCGACAACGUUUCUGGCAUUGCGUUACUUCUGUCUGUACGCGACUUUUUGUAUCACAUUCUCGUACUUGUUCGUUGUUGGUUUCUUCGUGGCAGCCUUGUCUCUAGACGGACGACGGAUUAAAACUGGAAGAUUAGAUUGCUUGCCUUGCUUAGCCGUCGAAGAGGAAGAGGAAGAAAAGCCAGCCCUUGACAGGGAAAAACGACACAAAAAGAGAAAGAAUAUAUUUUUGAUGGCGGACAGAAUUAUGAAGCUUUGGGCGGAAUUCAUUUUGCGUACUCCAUCAAAAAUUGUUGUUCUUCUUCUUUUAGUUGGUAUGAUUGCGUGUGGACUUAUAGGAGGAAUAAACAUAGAUCAGAGGUUUGAUAACGACUUAAUUGCGAAACCCGGUUCCUACCUGGAAGAAUAUCUGCAAACAUUCGAGAAAUACUACAGUGAAUCCUUGGAAGUCGACAUAAUUAUCGAUACGAAAAUUUCUUACAAAUCGUGGAAUACACAAAAUGAGGUGCUGAGAUUAUCCAGCAUUGCGAGGGAAAACCAAUUUUAUAAUAAUAAUUCCCUUUCAUGGAUGGACGCUUUCAGGAUGUGGUCGAGCACAUACAAUAUAAAGACAACUGGUAGAGAAUUUAUCAACUCCUUAAAAACGUUCCUCACCAUCCCUGCAUUCCGUCAGUUUAAUCAAGAUAUAGUUUUCUCGCAAAAUCGGACAGAAAUCGUUGCAUCUCGUGUUCAUGUCUACAUGAAAAGUACCACGGAUACAAUAGAAAUGUGUCAGGCUAUGGUUGGAAUAAGGGAAGAUUUAAAGACAAAGUCAAAAUUGCCAGUAUUCGCUAUAGCCAAAGAGUUUCUCAGCUUUGAAACUUAUUUGUCAACUCUACCAGAAACGAUACAAAAUAUUUUCUUCUCAUCGCUCGCAAUAGUCCUGAUAACCAGUGUAUAUUUGGUCCACCCUGUAGCAAUAUUUCUGGUAUUCAUAAACUUCGUAUUUCUUGUUAUCGAACUACUGGGUGUUCUUCAUCUCUGCGCUGUACCACUGAAUACCCUGGCAAUGGUUGGUUUUGUUAUGGCGGUUGGUUACUCAGUUGAUUAUAGCGCUCAUAUUGCACACGCGUUCAUUCUUUCACCUCAAGAAACAGCAAAAGAAAGAACUGUACACGCGUUGGCAACCGUUGGAUCCAGUGUGUUUUGGGGAGGCUUCAGUACAUUUCUGGGAUUGAUUGUUAUAGCAUUUUCUGAAUCCAAGUUAUUCCAGUUGUUAUUUCGUAUUCUGGUAUCCAUUGUUAUCCUUGGUUUACUUCAUGGUCUGGUCUUUCUUCCUGUAUUGCUUUCCUUGUUUUGUCCAUGGAAACUGGACGUCGCACAAACCAGGAACAAAAGAAGCACCACUCAACACAACAACUCCAAGAGUGAUGAAUUAUCUGAGUCCGAAGAUAAUCAAGAUAUGUAUUCUUUUGAUGUUGAAAACACGAUAAAAUGGAAUUGUCCAUGCGACUUUUGCAAUCGUUAG